GGGAAGAUGUUUUUGCUGCUGAUCUUCUUUUAUCUGGUAUACUCGUGCUGUGAAUUACUUGGAGUAGUGCAUAUGCAGUAUUCCAUCAAGUUUUGUUGACAUAUUUGCAUUCUAUUUUUAAUUGUGAUCCAAUCUAGCUAACAUCUGCUCAUUUGAAUUCUUUAUCUGCUAUUUUUCUAGGAUUAAGCAACACAUCAUUUACAAGUUGCAAUUGUUGUAGCACAUGAACUUGCACAUCAAUGGUUUGGAAAUCUUGUAACAACGGAAUGGUGGAUACAUUUGUGGCUUAAUGAGGGUUUCAUGACAUGGGUGAGCUAUUUAGCAACUGAUUGCUCGUUUUCUGAAUGGAAAAUUUGGACGCAAUUUCUUGACCAGACUACUCAGGGCCUUAGGCUGGACUGGCUUGCAGAAUCACAUGCUAUUGAGGAAGAUAGAAGAGGCUGCAGCAUUGAGGAUGCCAAAGUUGUUUGUGAACCCCAUAUUUUGGACCAGAAUCUGUCUAUGAGUAAAAAGACCCACAACUUUUUCUUCCUUUCAUUUUCUGAAAUUGGUUUUGGUUUUUUUCUUCCUCCUGUUUGGAAGGGAUUCUUGGAUGAUCAAUACACACAAUAGUUCUUCUAGGAUUAACUGUUUAUUAUAAAUUAAUAAAAUGAUUUUAAUGAUUAGAAAAUAUAGGUCUAAAAUGAUUUAUUUCAGCUUUCAAAAAGUGGUGAGAUUUUGAAACUC